AAAAUAGCAUGUAGGAUUAUUCUCAACAAAAUAUAUUUUUCCGUAAUCUGAGGUGCAACAAAGACGAUAUUAGUUGUUGAAUAUGGCAGAAGCACACGUGCUGAUCUUCCCUCUUCCAUUGCCAGGCCAUUUAGGCUCCAUGCUCAAGCUCGCCGAGCUUCUUGCCCUAGACAAUAUCCACGUCACCUUUGUCGAUACCGAGAACAUCCACAUUCGCCUCACUCGUUUCGGGGACAUUCAAGAACUCUCAGAAUGCUACCCCACGCUCCAUUUCAAGACCAUUCCCGAUUGUUACGAUGAAGAAGGCGAGCACCCUGGAUUCGGAGACCGUGUUGGGGACUUCAUUACAUCUACGGCUCAGCACGCCAAGCCCUUUUUGAGAGACAUUCUGCUGUCCCAGCACAGUCCUGGAAUUCCCAAAGUUAGUUGCAUUAUUCAGGAUGGAAUCUUCGGUGCCCUUUCCUCUGAUUUUGCUGCUGAGUUACGUAUACCACUCAUUCAUUUUCGAACCGUCAGUUCCUGUUGCUUCUGGGCUUAUUUCUGUGUUCCAAAGCUCUUAGACUGCAAAGAACUUCCCAUUAAAGGAGAAGAGGACAUGGACCGCAUAAUAAGGAAUAUGCCAGGCAUGGAAAACUUGCUUCGGUGCAGAGACCUUCCAAGUUUCUGCAGACCAAACACAGAGGGGAACUUUCUGGAGUGGGCAGUGUUCCGAACCCGACAAUCACUUGCAGCAGACGCACUCAUGCUCAACACAUUUGAGGAUCUAGAAGGCUCUGUCCUCUCCCAAAUGGGUCAGCACUUCCCCAAACUCUACACCAUUGGCCCUAUCCACCACCAUUUGAAAAUCAGAAAAGCAGAAUCCAACAAAGCAAAAGACAUUCCCACGUUUAAGAACAGUCUUUUCCAAGUGGACAGGAGCUGCAUGGCGUGGCUCGAAGCUCAGCCACAAGGGUCCGUCAUAUACGUCAGCUUCGGCAGUUCCACGAUUGUGAAAAGAGAGGACUUGAUGGAGAUUUGGCACGGUUUGGUGAACAGCAAGAAACGGUUCCUGUGGGUGAUGCGGCCUGACAUUGUGGCGGCGAAAGACAAUGAUGACCGGAUACCGGCUGAGGUGGAGGAAGGGACUAGAGAGAGGGGGCUCAUUGUGGGGUGGGCCCCGCAAGAGGAUGUGCUGGCCCACAAGGCCGUUGGUGGGUUCUUCACCCACAACGGCUGGAACUCAACCUUGGACAGUGUGGUGGCUGGGGUGCCCAUGAUUUGCUGGCCUUACUUUGCGGAUCAGCAGAUUAACAGCAGGUUUGUGAGUGAGGUUUGGAAACUUGGGUUGGACAUGAAAGAUGUGUGUGAUAGACACGUUGUGGAGAAGAUGGUUAAUGAUCUCAUGGUUCAUAGGAAGGAGGAGUUUCUUAAAUCAGCUCAAGAAAUGGCUAUGUUGGCUCACAAGAGUGUUACUCCUGGUGGUUCCUCUUACUCUAGUUUUGACGAUUUGAUUCAGUACAUAAAAUCAGCUAGCAAGGAAAAAAAUUAAUUAAUACUAGCGGAAUUGAUUAAAAUUUCUUCUAGUAAGCACGGUUCACUUCCAAUUUGGGAUCCUGAAGAUGUUUCUACACUAUUUCUUUUGUUAUACUUUCUGAUGCUUCGGUCUACCUUGGCAGCGAUGGGGCUCAAGUUGUUUUUGGACUUGUCAUUGCAGGCAAUGCAGUUAAGCACUGUUUUAGUCAAAUUAACCAAAAAAACAAAAACAACAAAAUUGUUCUUCAA